CCAGCAGCAGCAGCAGGGACCUCAAUGCAGCGUUAACAAGGCUGAACAAGUUCACCUGCCCCCCCGACGGUUCUGGGUGAGGACGCCAUGCCGGAGGCUCCUGAUUUGAUCAACCUGGGUUACCUGUCUGACUCGGAGCGGGAGAUGAUCCUGGAGGUGCUGCGGCGAGACGAGGAGCUGAGGCUGGUCGAGGAGCAGCGCGUACGGAAGCUGAAGACGGAGUUGCUGGAAGUCAAGAGGAAAGGAGCCAAACACGGCAGCAGAAAAUACAGCGAGCACAGCUGUGGCCGAUGCCAGGAGCCGCUGAGCCGCCUGGCAGUUUUCUCCAGCCGGUGUCAGAUGUGCAAUCACUUUGUGUGCCGGAACUGCCAAACAUUCCUGCCCAGCGGGUCCUGGCUGUGCAGCGUGUGUACAAAAGAAUCGGAUUUAAAGAAGAGGACUGGGGAUUGGUUCUACAAUCAAAGGAUCAACCGUUUCUCUGCAGCUCCUGGACACAGCCUGGUGAGGGUCUCCCUGAAAAGAAGAACACCAGUUGCAGUUAAAAAGCGUGAGACGACGGGAGAGGUUCUCUUGAGAAUUGAAAAGAACGCUGAUGUUCUCAAACCAGUGCCUCUGCCCAGACAGAAAGCUCUGCCAGUUAACCCGAGUCAGUCAAAUAAGAACUCAGGAUCCAUUGCUUCAAGGGAAUCACUGGAGUUGAGUAAUGUUCCUUCAAAGCCGACGCUGAACAACACGGAGUCUGCAGAAAACGCCGGCAGCAUCGGUGACAAAGCUGAGACUGAAUCUGGUCGUACGACUCCUGAGAAGCCGAGAGAUCACAGUUCUGUUCGGUCUAGCCCAGCAGGAUCCGUUGUUUCCAGUCUGACUGUUCCAGUCAAAGCAGCUCCUUUAAGCACACACGGUGGCUCCAGAACUGAAGAGAAACCAGCUGAUCUGAGCGUGGAGCUUGAAGUUGAUCGAAUCUUUAAGAAAAGUAUCAAACGAGCCCCAAAACCCACAGAGUGUUUAUCAACACUGGACCUUCGUGAUGGAUGCGACGCAUCAGAAGCCUCGAUGGGCAACAGGAGCCGCUCUGUACCUGGCCUGGACACUCAGGAUGGUGAAGACGAGGAAGAAGAUAUCGACCGCUUGGUGAGCUUUCACAAGAUGACGAUCGCACGGAGCUCCUCCAGCCUGCAGGGCUCAAAGAGCACGCUGGGCAGCCUGACGAGUAUUUACAGUGACUCGGGAGACUUUGAGAGCGUGGAGGUGAGCGGCGACGUCGUCUUCUCCGUGAAGUACGACGAACACACUCAGAGUCUUCACGUGUUCAUCCAGGAGUGUCACGAGCUGGCCUUCGGGGAUGCUUCACGACAGCUUUCCAACCCUUACGUUAAAUGUUAUCUGCUCCCUGACAAAUCUCGUCAGAGCAAGAGAAAGACCAGCGUCAAGAAAAACACCAUCAACCCCGUCUACAAUGAAACGUUGAAGUAUUCAGUCAGCCGCUCUCAGCUGGUCGCUCGCUCCGUGUUGAUGUCCGUUUGGCAUCGCGGCCGUCUCAGCAGGAACACCUUUUUGGGAGAAGUGGAAGUUCCUCUGGAUCUCAGAAACCUCGACUCGCCGACCGAGGAUCGCCUGCAUCUCAUGGGGAAGGCGAGUUCUUCUGUUCAACCUUCAGCUUUCGCUCAGCCCAGAGGAGAGCUGGUGAUCUCACUGAAGUACGUCACGCCUAAAAAGAGCACAGCUGAGAAAACCAAAGGGAGAAAAGCAGCGGCUGAGGGAGGUGGAGAGCUUCAUGUUCUAAUUAAGGAGGCGAAGAAUUUGGUGGCAACAAAAGGAGGAACAUCAGACAGCUUUGUGAAAGGACACUUGUUUCCAGCAAAGGCAAAGAACACAAAGAGGAAGACUGUGGUUGUGAAGAAGAACCUGAACCCCCAGUAUAACAGCACGUUUGUGUACAAAGACCUGACCCUGGAGGAGCUGAGGGAAACGUGUCUGGAGCUGACGGUGUGGGACAGAGAGGCCAUGCUGAGCAACGAGUUCCUGGGAGGAGUCCGCCUCAGCUCGGGGAAAGGCGCUGUGAAAAUAGGAAAAGAGGAGGUGGAGCCGGAUUCUGUCGGAGAGGAAAUGGGUCUGUGGCAGAAGAUGAUGCAGUACCCCGACUCUUGGGCAGAGGGCACUCUCUCGCUGCGUUGCACCAUGGGAAAACCAGCUGAAAAAUGAAGGACUUGUAGGACUGAACCCUCAAAUGAUCCGACUGAGAGGUUCUGGCCUCAGUCUGUUGCAUCAUCUACACCAGCCAGACCCAAAGUUUUCUGACCCGUCUGCUCACACCUUCCUCCCUGUGGGGGUUCAGUUCUGGUGUUGCUGUUGGAACGUGUGCCAAAAUGUCACAACACUGAGUCACUUUGCUUCAGCGCAGACUGUUUACUGCAAUUAAAUCUAUGAACCGCACUUAAAAUUCACAAACGUAUUUGUCACCCUGGUCUUUGUGAAUCUAC